CCGAUUCAAUUCACAACCGAUCAGAUCAGUGUCCGUCCGGCCUCUGAUUAAGAGAAGUCAAUAUUCACAUGUUCGGGGCACUUUUUCAUUUCUUCUUCUUGAGUUUUCUUCUGGACAAUCUGCAGGGUACCUUCUGCUCUCAAUAUAAACAAAGAAUUCUCGUUCAAACUCACCCAGCCAGGGGAAGACUUUUGGAAGGGAAUUCAAGAAAAAGCAGAGAUGUUGGAGAAAAUAGGGUUGCCUCCAAAGCCAUCACUGAGAGGUAACAGUUGGGUAGUCGAUGCCUCUCAUUGCCAAGGAUGUGCCUCCCAGUUUACUUUCAUUAAUCGCAAGCACCACUGCCGCAGGUGUGGAGGGAUAUUUUGUGGCGUCUGCACCCAGCAAAGAAUGGUCUUACGUGGACAAGGGGACUCACCCGUGCGCAUUUGUGAUCCCUGCAAAAAGUUAGAAGAGGCAUCACGUUUUGAGCUGCGGCAUGGUUCUAAAAAUAGAGCUGUGAAAGAGCUUUUUGUAGGUGGUUCCAAGCUUGCUUCAACGGGAGAGGAUGACAUUGAAGCCAAACAUUCGUCUAAACAAGUAUCAGGCAGUGCAUCAAGUUCUAAUAUUCGCCAAGCAGUUGGUCAGCUUGAAGGGGGUGAUACUGUCAGAAACUUCUCCCUUGACCAGUCAAUUAAUUUGUCAGACAACAGAGAAUCUGCUGCUCCUGAGGAGUUGCGUGAACAAGCCUUGCUUGAAAAGCAAAAAUACAAAACGUUAAAAGCUGAAGGGAAAUCUGAAGAAGCCCUUAAAGCUUUCAAAAGGGGAAAAGAUCUUGAGAGGCGGGCUAGUGCUUUGGAGAUAUCUCUAAGGAAAAACCGCAAAAAAGCUUUGUCUACCAGUAACUUGGAUGAUGCUCAGCAGGCUGACAAUCAGUUCAGAGCAUCUUCCAAGAAAAACAAGCUCUCCACCGAAAAGAGUAAAGAAAAGGAUGAUCUUUCAGCUGAACUAAAAGAAUUGGGAUGGUCAGAUGUAGAUCUUCAUGAUGCUGAGAAAAAGCCAGCAAUCCUGACUGUAGAGGGUGAGCUUUCUUCGCUUCUUAGAGAGGUCUCCCAAAAGCCUGCUAUAGAAAAGCAAUCUACCAACAGUGAUAGAUCCCAGGUACUUGCUCAUAAGAAAAAAGCUCUUGAACUGAAGCGAGCGGGGAACCUUAAUGAUGCCAAGGAAGAACUAAAACGAGCUAAAAUUCUCGAGAGAAAAAUAGAGGAGGAAGAACUUUUGGGUGGCGCUGAUGAUUCUGAUGAUGAACUAUCUUCACUGAUGCGGAGUUUGGAGUCUGAUGAACACAAUGAUUUGUCAUCUAAAUAUAAUUCUGAUAUUAGUUUUGAUUUCACUCAAGCUUUUGGUGCUGCUGAUGAUCUUGGUGCUGAUGGAAAUUUUGAAGUAACGAAUGAGGACAUGGAAGAUCCAGAAAUAGCAUCUGCUCUCAAAUCAUUAGGCUGGGAUGAAGAUGAGCCUGAUUCUGAGGAUAUUCAUGGCCCUAUCUCAUCUUCCAGCCGAGAAUCAUUAUUAAAUGAGAUUCAACGUUUGAAAAGGGAGGCUGUAAAUCAGAAAAGGGCAGGCAAUACUUCUGAAGCAAUGACGCUGCUAAGGAAGGCGAAAGGUCUAGAAAUGGAAGUUUCUAGUUCUGAUACACAAAAUUCUGAUUUUGGAGUUAAGGAUUCUACUACAGUCCAGCAAACAGUAUUUGCUCAACCAACGGCUUCAAAGAGUAAGUUGACAAUCCAGUCUGAACUUAUUGCGAUGAAAAAGAAGGCUCUAACUCUCAGAAGGGAGGGUCGUUUGGAUGAGUCUCAAGAAGAAUUGAGAAAAGCUAAGGUUCUUGAACAGCAACUUGAAGAAAUGAAUGAAGCUCCUGUGCUUGCACAGCCAAGUUCUCACAUUGGGCACACUGCCACCUCUGCUGUGCCUGCAAUUGAUGGGGAUGAACAAGAGGAAGUAACCGAUCGGGAUUUGAACGAUCCAACUUAUCUCUCUCUGUUGAAGAACUUAGGGUGGGAGGACGAGGACAACGCAAAAAACUCAGCUUCUGUGUUUAAAGAAACGAAGUCUAAGGAAAAUACUAAUUCCUUUGUUUCACAGUCUACUUCAAAGAUAGGAGCUAGAACAUCUAAAAGUAGGUCCGAAAUUCAGAGGGAACUAUUAAUGUUGAAGAGAAAGGCACUCACACUGAGACGCCAAGGAGAGGUUGAGGCUGCUGAUGAAGUGCUUAAAGAUGCUAGAGUGUUGGAGAUGCAGUUGCAAGAGUAUGAUGAACCAACAGAAAGGCCCGUUCCUUCUGAAAGUAGUGCAAUAAAAAAUGCAUCCAUAGAUGAUGCUCCACAGCAUUCUAAGUCUUCUGUUCAGAAGAAUAUAGAUGAGGUUGGAAUUGAAGAUCCACAUAAUCAAGAGACUGGAAGAUUUGAAUCUGAAGUGCCAUUACUUGGGAAAGAAAUUUCAAAUGCUCAUGACCUGAGCUCUUCUCCAACUGCUGAUUUUCAUCGAGAACACCCGGUUGACAAGAAAUUGGAUGAUCAGGAGUUGAACUCUUCUCAAGCAAUGGAUUCUAGUUCUCCUCAACAGCAAAUCCUGGCUCACAAGAGGAAAGCUCUCUCCUUGAAAAGAGAAGGAAAACUGGGAGAAGCCAAGGAAGAACUUCGGCUGGCGAAGCUCUUGGAGAAGCGAGUGAAAGAGGAGACGCAGACUCAGAGUAGCACUAACUCUGGUUCUGAUGCAUCUUCCUCAGACAAAAAGGAGGUGAGUCCUAGUUCCAAACCAUUAUCUAGUCGUGAGAGGUUUAAACUGCAGCAGGAGUCCCUUGCUCACAAGCGCCAGGCAUUGAAGCUUAGAAGAGAAGGUAAGACAGCAGAAGCUGAUGCCGAGUUCGAACUGGCAAAAGCAAUAGAAGCCCAGCUGCAAGAAGUGGAUCAGGAUUCUUCUGGGCCUUCUGAUGAUGUUAGAGUUGAGGAUUUCCUCGAUCCUCAACUUAUGUCUGCUUUGCAAUCCAUUGGAAUAGAAGAUUUACGUACCUCUGCUCAAAGCACAAAAAGCCCAGAGCCAGCCAAAGCAAAUGCUGAUGCUGAAGUAGACAUUGAGAAAAAGCAGUUAUCAGAUCGAAUCAAAGCUGAGAAGCAAAAGGCAGUGAACUUGAAACAUUCUGGAAAGCAAGCUGAGGCCUUGAAUGCUCUGCGAAAGGCCAAGCUUUAUGAAAAGAAGCUUCAGUCCUUGAACUGAAACUGAUCAACAUUCCUUUUAAGGCUACAAAUAGUCAGGUAUGGCGAAGUAUGUUUGAUAUUUAGUCCAAGGCUUUGAGAUUAUGUUUACAGGAUAUCAUUGAGCUGAGCUUCCAACCUUUAAAUGAUGUGUGAU